AUGUCUUUACUAACAUUUCGUGUCAACGUAGCUCAAGCUUUGCUUCAAUGUAAUCCACCAUCAUCACCAACAGUCAAACGUGGUCGUCCAUCAUUAAAAUCAAUAAUAAGUGACCAAACAUCUCCGAAAUCAUCUAGAGCUACACCAAAUCCACUACCAUCAAAAGAUAUUCGAAUGGAUAGAUUUGACCAUUGGCCGAUUCACAUAGAUAAAGGCCGCUGUCGAAAUCCUGAUUGUACUCGUCAGACACGAAUAUCAUGUUCAAAAUUAGCCGGCCGGAAAGGGUUAAAAGAAAAUACAUCUUAUUCAGAAAAUAAAAUAUAA